CUGGGAGGGACGGAACUUCAAGAACAAUUUGCUCCGUUCCUCGUCAUCCUACUCCUCUCACAUGGAUCUCUCCGGGAAGGAGUAAGAAGGAGGCGGCGAGGCGCUCGGUCAUAACGUCGCUACAUGUGAAUGGACUGCGGACUGAUGAGGAGUCAGUGUUGUUUCUGUGUGAGUUAGGAGGCUGGAGGCUGCCUGGAUCAGAUAGUGGUGCUGUGAAAACGCAGAAGAAGAGAGGGGGAAAGUGUUGUGAAGAUGCACAGGAUGAGAAGUGGGAAGCCUGUGUCGUUUCCAGCAUGAGAUCCAGGACAGUCACUGGUGCUCUGGUUAUGCUCGCCACACUUUGCCAAGUGCUUUCUUCUCUGUGCCUUUAAAGAGGAACGAUAUGGCUCUCCUGGUCGUCCCGCUGCUCCUGCAAACAGGGCUCGUGUUGGGAUCAAACUACGGGUAUGUGGAGUGGUCGGAUAAUGACCGAGAAGAGAAGCACCCACCGGUGUUCAGCACCCAAAACAUCCACAGGGAGCCGCCCCACCACCCGACCUACUACCCGGUACCAUACACCGAGCGCGCCGUGGUGGCGCACAAAAUUGAGGAGGACCUGCCGAGGGUGGUGACCGCUUUCCUGCACACCGGGGACUCCUCAGCGCUGAGGCAGGUCAACUGCUCCCGGAGGUACGAGCUGAGCAGCCUGCGAGGCGGCCUCCACGUCGCCUCUCACUACUCCCUGCACAGCAUCCUGGACACUGUAGCGCAUGCCACAAACUUCCUGAACAUGAUCCUGCAGGCCAACAGGUCCCGGGAGCAAACCCCGCGGAGGGACAUCCACUGGUACCACGCGCUGGUCCAGAGCAUCCUCGAGGGGGACCCUAAAAUCCACAGGGCGGUGGUGACCUUCCACGCGGACGCGCCGACGCCGGGCCCCCACGUUUUCCUCCAGGCGACCAGAACCGAGAAGGAAGUGGUGCUGCAGGACCUCUCCGGCUCCGCGCACAGUCACCUGAGGAGCAGGAGCCCGGAGUCCGACUGGUACAAUGAGUUCAGGGACGGGAGGAGACCGCACACGCACAGAAGAGUCCCGGAGGCGUUAGGCACCGGGAGUGGAAGCUACCUUCUGGACAAGAACCAGAUCAAGUGGUCGGCACCGUACCUGGAGUGUGAACACGGGGCGUUUGUGCCAUAUUGGCUGCUCACCUUGUCUGCUGGCUUCUAUGGACUGAAGAGCAACUCUGCGCCAGAGUUCAGGGGUGUGGUUCGUGUGGACGUGAACCUGCAGGACGUGGACAUUGACCAGUGCUCCAGCAGUGGCUGGUUUGCAGGGACUCACCGCUGUAAUCUCACCAGUAUGGAAUGCACUCCCAUCGUCGGCCAUGGAUUUGUGUUGGACAAGUACAAGUGCCAGUGCAGGAGAGGAUUCUACCAUCCAAGCCGAGUGGCGCUCAAUGGCUUUAAAAGUAAGGAGCAGGGCUCGAGCAGAGACGAGAUCUCUGACGUGUCCACAAAGUGCCUGCCGUGCCGUGAGGGCUGCCCCUACUGCCGGGAUGACACGCCUUGCCUGGUGCAGGAGGACGGCGCUCUGCGGCUCGCUGUGGCCUCCUUCCAGGGUCUGUGCAUGGUGCUGGACCUGGCCAGCAUGGUGGUGGUCUACCACUUCAGGAGGAAGAAGAGCAUCCGCACAUCUGGUCUCAUUCUUCUGGAAACCAUCUUGUUUGGGGCUUUACUGCUCUACUUCCCAGUGAUGAUUCUGUACUUCCAUCCCAGCGUGUUUCGAUGUAUCCUCCUACGGUGGGUUCGCCUGCUGGGUUUCGCCAUCAUGUACGGCACUGUCAUCCUCAAGCUGUACAGGGUGUUAAAGGUAUUCCUAUCCCGCACGGCCCAGAGGACGCCUUACAUGACCAGCUGGCGGGUGCUGCGGCUGCUGGUGGUGAUCCUGGUGGUGGUGCUGUGGUUCCUGGUGGCCUGGACGUCUGCGGUGUGCCAGAACCCCGAGCUGAGUCGGGCCCUGAUCGCCGCAGGCCUCACCCCAGAGGGGCUGCAGUUCAGCAUGUGUCUGCUGGAUCGAUGGGACUACAUGAUGGCCGUCGCGGAGUUCCUGUUCCUGCUGUGGGGAGUGUACCUCUGCUACGCUGUCCGCACCGUACCCUCAGCUUUCCACGAACCUCGUUACAUGGCUGUGGCCAUCUAUAAUGAGCUCCUAAUAUCGGCCAUCUUCCACAUCAUCAGGUUCUCUCUAGUGCCGGGGCUGCACCCUGACUGGAUGCUCAUGUUGUUCUUUGCUCACACUCAUCUGACUGUGACUGUGACUCUGGGCCUGCUGCUUAUUCCAAAGUUCCUGUCCAAAGGGACUCAGGCCAGGGAUGACAUUGCCACCGAGGCCUAUGAGGAGGAGCUGGACAUGGGGAGGUCUGGCUCUUACCUCAACAGCAGCAUUACCUCCGCCUGGAGCGAGCACAGCUUGGACCCUGAGGACAUACGGGAUGAGUUGAAAAAGCUGUACGCCCAGCUGGAAGUCUACAAACGCAAGAAGAUGCUCGCCAACAACCCUCACCUCCAAAAGAAGCGCAACUCCAAGAAAGGUCUGGGACGCUCCUUGAUGAAACGGAUAACAGAGAUCCCAGAGACCAUGCACAUACACCGGCAGUGCAGCCGUGAGGACGGCAGCGAACACGGCAGCAACCGCAGCACCUUGAGGAGAAACCCUUUUGAACCGAGCCACCAUGGCAAACCUCGGGAUGAUUCCCUGAAGAACAAAGUCAUGGGCUUGAAGAAGUCUCUCAGCUAUGACCACGUUUGUGACCAGGACGAGGAGACCAAGAGCCAAACUGGCUCGACUGCAGGAGACAAAACAACUCCUGUUGGCAGUGGAGGGGAAGGAUCUCUUCUGGGUUCCCUGAUUGGCCGGAAGCAUACUAAGAAGCAGCUGGAGCCAGCUGCGACCCCACCGAGACUUGAACCAGCUGAGUCCACCGAGUCUGUCCCGCUGUUCUGGAAAUCAGCCAGCGCUCACAAUUUAACGCACGAGAAGAAACCCGUCCACCUGCGGACCUCCAUCAUGCAGAAGUCUCUGAGUGUGAUUGCGAGUGCCAAGGAGAAGAUGCCAGGGCUGACCAACAAGACGCAGAGCGUGGAGGACGCCAGUAAGAAGGGUGUGAAGGGACAGGAGGAGAGGAUGCUGUCUGAGGUGGAUGAGACACCUGAGCAUUACCCCAAGAUGAUCAUCAGCCAGUCAGUGGAGUACUCAAAGACACCCAUGAAGAUGGGGAUCAUGAAACAACAGGUGAGUGGCAGCCAGCCGUCCAUUUGCUCCGAGACUGGCAGAAACCUUUAUGACGUGUCUGAGGUUUGUCCCUGGGAGAUGGAAGAACCUCAGACUCCCUCUGAAGCAAAGACCCAGAAACAUGUUUCCAUUGCUCCUGGAGAAACCACCACAGGCCGGAGAGGCAGCAGCAGCUCUGGAAUCAGCAAAGGCAGCCGGUCCCAGCAGAGGCAGAAAGCAGGGCAGUCCCCUUCCAACAGACGCCGCUCCAAAGACAAAGGAGGAGAAAGAGAAGACGCCAGGGAGACACGGAAAUCUCGGCCACCCAGGUCACCCCUCCCUCUCAAGCCAGACGUCUGUCCCUGGGAGUUUGAUGAGCAGCCCAUGCUGGGAGGAGAUUCAGAUUCCAUCUCCCCAGACAGGAUCAGGCGUAAGAAAAGUGUCACGCCCACUGAUGGGAAACCCAAGGGGCUCCACUCAGACCACUCCAAGUCCACGGGCAGCCUUCUGCAGCCUCCCUCCCUGAUGGUGGAGAUCUGCCCGUGGGAUUACAACAGCCCACCUUCGCCUAAGCAGGAGAAGUCGUGCAACAGCCCCACCACACACAAGAAGAAACGGAAAGGCUCCUGCUCGUCCAACCACAAAGCCGAGAAGGAGAAAGCGAGGGAGAAAAGCAAAGAGAGGCGGAGCUCCUCCAGCAAGCCGGCGUCAGAGAGGAGACGCGUCAGCCAGUCUUCGGAGUGCAGCGGUUCGGUUUCUGAGCGGCGAAGGAGCUCCACCAGAGACCCAGAGGUGAUGGAGACAAGGAGGGCAGAGGUUUUCUCCCGGGAGAUGGAGCCCUCACACACCAGCUUUGCUCAGACUAAAAAAUCACCAGAGAAGAAGAAAGAGAGCUCUUUGAGUACUAGUUACAAACCUGCAGUCAUCAGCGGGGCGAAGGUGGCUGACGUUUGCCCCUGGGACUUUCAGGAGCAAGACUCUGGGGGGAGGGCGUGAUGACUGAUGUGAGGAUUGUACUCUUUUUGUAUUCACAGACUGACAGCACAGAGGACGACUGAACGAUAACGAUGUAACACUGCGUUUGAUAAGAGUGUUUUUCUC